AAUAAGAAAUUAAAAGAGGAAAGAGGAAACGAAAAUAAAAAAAUUGAAGAAAAAGAAGAGCGAGGAGGAAGGAUUAUAUAUGGCUCUGUGGGCCGAUGGAACAGGUGAGAGUUCCUCAGCCGUAUCCGCCGCCGCCGACGAGGAAAUGACCGUCGAUGAUGAGGAUGAGUACGAUGAGGCUGAAGGGGGCAACCGCCUCCUUGGUUUCAUGUUUGGGAACGUCGAUGAUUCUGGUGAUCUUGAUGUUGAUUAUCUUGAUGAGGACGCAAAGGAGCAUCUUGCUGCAUUGGCUGACAAGCUUGGUCUAUCCCUGAAAGAUAUAAAUCUCGCUGUAAAAUCACCAACUACACCAUCCGAUGCUACAGAUCAAGAUUAUGGCAAGAAGGCAGAAAAUGCUGUUGAUUAUGAAGACAUAGACGAGCAAUAUGAAGGACCGGAGGUUCAAACAGCUACCGAGGAGGAUUUUUUAUUGCCAAAAAGGGAUUUUUUUUCCAAAGAAGUUUCAGUGACUUCGUUAGAAAAUACGAACUCUGUGUUUGAUGAUGAAAACUAUGACGAAGAAGAUGAUGAUUUGGAAAAGCAAAACCUGUCAGGAGAAGGCAACUUUGAAAGUCAGCGGUUUUCUCCGUCAGGUGAGCAGAAUUACAUUCAUGAAGUACUUACUGAAGAGGAAAGUCUUGCAGAAGAUGUUCAUACACUCCUAGAUUCCGAGGAGCAGGAUGAUUCAAUUGAUUCUGAAGACUCAAUGGAUGGUGAUAUGUCUUCACUGCUUCCUGUUCUCUAUGUAGAGGAUGGGAAGGCAAUCCUACGAUUUUCUGAAAUUUUUGGUGUCCGUGAGCCCUUAAAGAAAGCGGGAAAAAGAGAUUGCCGAUAUAUAGUACCUAAAGAGAAAUACAAGUCCAUGGAUGCGUCCGACAUCGUCGAGGAAGACGAAGAAAAAUUUAUGAAAACCCAUUGCCAAGAUUUUUCCUGGAUGAGACCGUUUCAUAGAAAAAGUGAUAUUUUCAUGUCGAGUUUUGAAGGCGACUCAGUGAAAUCUGGAAUUGUUUGGGAAUCAGAAAAGAUGUCUUUGGGUGUUGAUGUCAAUAAGAAGGAUUCCUGUGGUUCUGCUGAACCAAUGAAAGAUGACCUCUCAGUAUCUAAUUUUGCAGAAUGGAGCUCUUCUUUCUCCACCAAAUUUUAUCCUCUUGACCAGGAAGAUUGGGAUGAUAGAAUUGUUUGGAACAAUUCUCCAUCUUCGACGGAUAAUUUUGUAGAGAGUUGUGAGCUGUCUGGACCUGAUUCUGACACAGUUCCUGAUAAGGAUAUGGAUACGAUAGCUGAAGUACAAACGCCCGUGCCAGAAAUCCAAAGUGAACCUCAUUAUAAGGAUCGCACAUCAUUUCUGAAUAGAUCUUCUAUUUCUGUGGAGCCUUUUGGCGCAGACAGAUAUUCCGAAUUGACUAACCUUACCACCUCUGAGAACAGAAGUCAUCCCCAACUCCUAAGGCUAGAGUCUCAAGUAGAUAAACAGAACACAAACUCUGGAGGUGUAAAUGAUGUUGCUACUGAAGCUAAACUUUGUAGUGAUGCUAUAAGACGUUUUAGUGAUCUCACCUUACUAAAUAGAGAGGUAGUGGAAGGAUCUUGGUUGGAUAAUAUUGUGUGGGAGGCCCAUCAGUCUAUUGUGAAACCAAAGCUAAUUCUUGAUCUCCAAGACGAGCAGAUGCUUUUUGAACUUUCAGAUGCGAAGGAUGCCAAAGAUCUGCAGCUUCACGCGGGAGCAAUGAUCAUAGCACGUUCUUUCCAUCCUGGCGGUGGUGAUUCGGUCGAGCUACAUAAUCAUGGAAUUGUACCAGCUGGACGGUUCAAUAUUUCUAAUGACAAAUUCUAUUCAAACAGAAAAUCCUCUCAGCAGCGAUCUCAUUCCAAAAAGCGGACUGUCCAUGGACUCAAAGUUUUGCAUUCAGUGCCUGCACUUAAGCUGCAGACGGUGAAAGCUAAGCUAAGCAACAAAGAUCUUGCUAAUUUUCAUCGGCCAAAAGCUUUAUGGUACCCACAUGAUAUUGAGGUGCCACUUAAGGAGCAGGGGAAAUUAGCCAUGCAGGGACCAAUGAAAAUCAUUAUGAAGAGUUUGGGUGGCAAAGGAAGUAAACUUCAUGUGGAUGCCGAAGAAACCAUCGCCGCUGUGAAGGCUAAAGCUUCAAAAAAGCUAGAUUUUAAACUAUCUGAGCCAGUUAAGAUAUUUUUUUCUGGGAGGGAGCUUGAAGACAACAAAUCCCUUGCUGAACAAAAUGUUCACUCAAACUCAGUCUUGCACCUGAUUCGCACAAAAAUAUAUAUGUUGCCCCGAGCACAAAAGCUUCCUGGGGAGAACAAGUCAUUGCGUCCUCCUGGGGCAUUUAAGAAAAAAACUGACCUUUCAGUAAAAGAUGGACAUGUUUUCUUAAUGGAGUACUGUGAGGAAAGACCAUUACUUCUGGGUAAUGCUGGAAUGGGUGCAAGACUGUGUACGUACUAUCAAAAAUCUGCACCAGGUGAUCAAAUGGGUAACUUACUACGAAAUGGAAACAAUGGCUUUGGGAGUGUCGUGAAUCUUGAUCCUGCUGACAAAUCUCCUUUUCUUGGAGAUAUAAAACCUGGUUCCAGCCAAUCAUGCCUUGAAACUAACAUGUAUAGAGCACCCAUAUUUCAACAUAAAGUCGCAUCAACUGACUAUUUACUGGUUAGGUCUUCAAAGGGUAAGCUGUCCAUCAGGCGCAUUGACAGGAUUGAUACUGUUGGACAACAGGAGCCUCACAUGGAGGUAAUGUCUCCUGGUUCCAAAGCUGUUCAGAUCUAUAUCAUGCACAGGGUGUUGGUAUACAUGUAUCGAGAGUUUCAUGCUUCUAAAAAACGUGGUUUGCGCCCUUCCGUACGCGUGGACGAGUUGUUCUCACAGUUUCCUACCUUGUCUGAAGCAUUUCUCCGGAAAAGGCUGAAAAGUUGUGCAGAUUUACAGAGAGGUCCAAAUGGACAUCUUCUUUGGGUUAUGAAGCGCAAUUUUCAGAUUCCUUUAGAGGAAGAACUAAGAAGGAUGGUGACACCUGAAAAUGUCUGUGCCUAUGAGAGCAUGCAAGCUGGCCAAUACAGGCUCAAAAGAUUGGGAAUUACAAGGCUGAUAAAUCCUUCAGGCCUUUCAUCUGCAAUGAAUCAGCUUCCAGAUGAAGCAAUUGCUUUAGCUGCUGCAUCACAUAUUGAGAGGGAGCUGCAGAUAACACCAUGGAACUUGAGUAGUAAUUUUGUUUCCUGCACAAACCAGGAUAGAGAAAAUAUUGAGCGUUUGGAAAUAACGGGUGUUGGAGACCCUUCAGGAAGGGGCCUGGGUUUCAGUUAUGUCCGUGCAACUCCGAAGGCCCCAGUCUCAAAUGCGGUAGUGAAAAAGAAAGCUGUCGUUGGUAAAGGGUCUACUGUGACUGGAACUGAUGCUGAUCUACGCAGAUUGAGCAUGGAAGCUGCAAGAGAGCUUCUCCUGAAAUUCAACGUCUCAGAAGAGCAGAUUGCAAAGCUAACUCGAUGGCACAGAAUUGCUUUGAUUCGUAAGCUGUCAAGUGAACAAGCUGCAUCAGGUGUCAAGGUUGAUCCAACAACAGUCAGCAAGUUUGCUCGUGGACAACGUAUGUCCUUCUUGCAACUGCAGCAGCAGACUAGAGAAAAAUGUCAAGAAAUAUGGGAUCGACAAGCUCAAAGUUUAUGUUCUGGUGAUGGGGAAGAAAAUGAGAGUGAAUCAGAAGCUAACAGUGACUUGGAUUCAUUUGCUGGCGACUUGGAAAAUCUUCUGGAUGCAGAAGAAUUUGAAGAGGGCGAAGAGGAUAACUAUGACUCUAAACAUGAGACUGUUGAUGGUGUCAGGGGACUAAAAAUGAGAAGACACCCAUUGCAAACUCAAGCAGAAGAAGAAAUUGAAGACGAGGAAGCAGAAGCAGCGGAAUUAUGCAGGAUGCUCAUGGAUGUAGAUGAUGAAGCUGAUCGAAAAAAGAAGAAGAAGACAAGAGCAGUGGUCGAGAAAGAGGGGUUGCCCUUUAAGUCAAAGUUCGGUCCGGAAAAUGCUGACGGAAUUAAGAAAAAUAAUGCAGUUUCUAAGAGAAUAAUGCAACCUGAGGUAUCCUUUGUAUUGACUGAGAGAAUUACCAAAGAUCAAAAUGAGGGGGAGAGCUUGUCUGCUAAGAAGCAUCUUCAAGGGAGCUUAAAAGCCAAGAAAAAGAAUGAAACGGAACAAAUGGGGUUACUAAGCAAGAAAGUUAAAAUUUUGGCGGAUGGGAUAAAUGUGAUCAAGGAAAAGAAAUCAGCAAGAGAUAGUUUUGUCUGUGGGGCGUGCGGUCAGCUUGGUCAUAUGAGGACCAACAAGAACUGCCCCAAGUACGGAGAUGAUUCUGACGCACGAUUAGAAAGCAUAGAUCUUGAGAAGUCAUCAGGCAGGCCUAGCUUUGCAGAUCAAGCAGAGCAGAGUCAGCAGAAACCUUUUAUGAAGAAGCUCAUACCGAAAAACGGGACAAAGUUUGCUGCAUCACAAGCACCAGAAGAUGAUAAACCAACUUUUAAGGCAAAAGUUCUUAAGGUCAAAUGUGGUGCAACCGACAAAAUUCCAGAUAAACAAACACCCACUACUUCACAGAGCUCUGACAGACCAAUGAUGUCAGAUGCCGAAAUAGGAAACAAGUCUGUUGUUAAAGUCAAUAAAAUUAUUUUUUCAAACAAGAUGAAACCCGAAGAUGUGCUGGUUGAAACUCCUAAGCCCUCCAUUGUAAUAAAACCACCAGUGGAGGCCGAUAGAGACCAGCCUCGCAAGAAAAUUAUAAUCAAACAACCAAAAGAGAUUGUGAAUUUGGAUGAAAAUAGCCAGGACGGAAGUUUUGGCUUUGACUACAGGAAAACAAAGAAAAUAGCUGAGCUGUCAAGUUUUGAUAAGCGUCAGGAACAUGAAAGCAGACACUUCUAUGAAGAGUCAUCAAGAAUGAGAGAUCCAGAGGGUAGCCAAUCGUGGAUGGAAGGGAAAAGGAGAGCUGCUGAGCGACAACAAGCAGAAAGAAACAGGAGGGUAGAAAAAAUGAGAUUGAUUGACGAUCAGCCAGCAUAUGAGUUACUAAGAUAUGAAGUAGCUAUUCGUAGAGAAAGAGAAGAAGAAGAACGUAAAAAAGCACAUGCAAAGAAGAAAAUGAAGAGAAAGGCUGAAGUAAAGGAUGAUUACUUGGAUGAUAUUCCUCCUAGAAGAAAUGAUAGAAGGAUAGCAGAUAGAGAAAGAAAGGUGCCGAGGAGGGCAGAAAUCGAAACCCCUGCUACAAAGCGUCGAAGAGGAGGAGAGGUAAGUCGUUUUUUGUUAUAUAAUCAUUCCUAAAGCAGUGAGUCUUAUUUCAACCAAGUAGUUGAGUUUCAUCCUUCCAAUUUCUCUACAGCCUGAAUCAAGUCCUCCACAUUUUAUCUCCUGCAUGCAUGGAAUAUAGAUAUUGUUGGAUUUAUGGAUGCAUUCAUUGUUCUAAUGAAAUUUUAGUU